UGGGCCACACUGUUCGUCUGCACUCUCUCUCUUUUUAUUCUUUUGCAGCUGUUCAUUGAAUUUGGGGCUUCUGGAUCGAAAUAUUUUAACUUUCGCCAUCUUUGAUCUCUUCCUCGUUCCCCGAAAAACCCGAAUUUUCCACUGAAUUAUUUCGGAGUUCUUGAUGGACAAGAGUGUUAGUGAUGGAAAAGCUGAGACGAACAGCAGAAGCCCUCAGAAGGUGGAGGAUGAAGAAGGUCACAAUCCCAUUGGUGGAGAAGAUGAGAGUGAAGUGAACUCUCUUCUGCCGCCGAGGACGGGUGGGAUGUCGAGGAAAUUGGAGAAGACCGGGCGAAAGGUCCGGUGGAACGACAACGACGGGAACAAGCUCUUCGAAGUGCUGGAAUUCCAGCCGAGCGAUAUAAGCGACAGUGAAGAUGAGGAUGAGGGUGAGGAUGAGGAUGAGGAUGAGGAUUCUUGCGUCUGCACGAUCAUGUAGAGAGAUGGCGUUAUUUCUUCUGCUGCUAAUUCGGGGCCGAAUUGAAUAGUUCUGGGUGAAUAUUUUGGGUAAGCUAUGCCCGAUAUAUUAUCUGAAAGACUGCGUUGUCAAGAAAAUGAUGGCUUCCCUCCUGCGAAAACUGAGUCCAUCUGGGGAUUCAUAUUCCUCGAUCCUUCACAGGAUGCUCUGAGUCUUCCUUGAUUUGGCAAGCCUCUACCGCUUGCUUCUCAUGUCUCUGCCCCUAAUUCUGGAGAACCCUCUCCUCAAACUCUGGAGGCCUCGCAGAAUUAGAAAGAUGAGUAUGCGGUUUUGCUGCGAUGCUGGGCUACGGAGUAUGCUGAAGACCUGCGGGAAAAAACCGUUUAAGGAAGAUGAAGUCAUCUCGAUUGCUUGUGUCUGCUAUAUCUGGACAGUAACUUUGAGAUCAAUCGAGAUUGGAGUGUCACGAAGUGUCUGUAUGUAUGACGAGUAACGAACAUAUUGCUGGAUCAUAAGACCUUUUCCUUUUCCAGUUUGCUGUUAACAAGUUCCCGUGCCCCGUACAAAUUUGAAACUUCAGCUGAAAGUUAAAACGUCCA